AUGAACUCAGCUGAGCACGAAGACAGUUUGGCUAAUGACUUUGUCAUGGCCCCUCAUUGCAGUUCAAGUUCACCGGAAGGAGAGUUUCAAGGCAAGUUUGGCACGAAAUUCAAGCCAAAUUUCGAUAAUCCCAUCUGUCUUCAUGGAAAAUUGUAUCAUUUGAAAAUGUUUGAUUCCAACAGUUAUACGGAUCAAAAGUUGUGCGCACUGCAUUUUGUGAAGUUUGGCUUGAAGCAAAAUCGCCAAGUAGGAGAGUGGUUCGGUCCAUCUUCGGUCUCCUAUGUACUUCAGAGUGCUCUUGAAAGUGGGGCGAGAGAGAAUCAGUUUCUAAGAGACAUCACCUGUUACGUAGCUCAAGACUGUACAGUGUACAAGGAGGACAUUCUCGAUGCUCUGUGCCAGGACAAUCCGGGCAAUGUAGCCGAAGGGAGCGUCUCGCGUAGCUGGCGAAGUGUGCUCAUACUGAUUCCAGUUCGAUUGGGAGCAGAACGAUUCAAUUCGGUCUACUCGUCGUACAUUAAGGAAAUUCUAUCACUACCAACGUGCGUCGGUAUUAUCGGUGGCCUGCCUCGACACUCGCUCUACUUUAUUGGAUUUCAGUCGGAUAAACUGCUAUUCUUAGAUCCACACUAUUCGCAGAAAAGCCUUGACUUUACUGACAGCCAUGUCCUGCUUGACUCGUAUCACUGUCCGCAGGCAGCACGCAAGGUGAAAAUGUCUCAAAUAGAUCCAAGCUGUGCAAUUGGAUUUUUCCUCAAGUCAGAGCGGCAGUACAAUGAGUUUGUGGAAACCAUUGAGCAGCUUCAGGAGCGAACUCGCCAGGCAGAUGACUACCCCAUGUUUGUGCUUAGUCCCGGCAGACAAGUGCAGGGGGAAAGCGAUGUGCCCGCGCCGGAUAAUGUAUUUCGAAUGAACUACCAAGUGGUCAACUCCAAAGGCAGCGUUCAAAAGGUGACCACGGAAGAGUUUGUGCUGCUGUAG